AUGGCCGGAAAUGGUGGAAUGGGUGGUGGGAGCAUGGAUGCGAGCAACGGUGGAGGCCAGCCUCAGGGCACGGAAUAUACGUUACAGGGUGUGAUGCGCUUCUUACAGACAGAGUGGCAUCGACAUGAACGUGACCGUAACGCCUGGGAAAUCGAGCGCGCAGAGAUGAAAUCAAGGAUUGGGAGGUUGGAAGGCGAUGCUCGGACGAGUAAAAGGAUGCAUGAGUCCCUAGGGAAACAUGUCCGGAUCCUCGAAGUCGCGUUGAAGAAAGAGAGGGAGAAAUCAAGCAAGCUGGCCGCAGGGGAGAAGCUUGAGCCCAGUGUUGACCCCAAAGAAGUUGCUAAGAAGAGUCUCAAAGCUCUGGAAAAGAAACAACCGAAGCCGUCGUCAGGACUUGAUAAUUACGCUGACGAUGACGAAUCCAACAGCCCAGACGCCCAACAUGAAAAUGAGCGAGAUAAAUCCAGGUUGUACCUUGGAAAAUGUACGCAAGAAGUGGCUUACCAUGUCAUUCCCGGAUCCCACCCACCCCCGGAAAUAAACGAACAGGAGCUGUUGAACCACGACUAUCAGCAACAUCAUCUACAACGACAGCCAUUGGACAGCGGCUAUCUCCAGGAACACCAACGGCAGCAACAACAGUCUGUGCCACAACAGCAGCAAAAGCAGCAAUUAGUCCCGGCACAACCUCAACUGAAUCAUGUGAGCAUGGCCCGAGAACCAGAAGGCUCUCAAAUGAUGAUGCCAACGUACAACGAAAACGGUGCUCAGGGUUCGGCUCAGCGGGAGUUCCUUGAUAGGAGGGCCCAAGAGCCGCAACGAACAACUGAGCCUACGCAAGAGCAGCGCAAUGCCAGCUAUGAAUUCCCCUCCAAGGCUGAAGAACCCUCGCAAUCAGAGAAUAAAUCUCCAGAGGCAUUGUCAGGGAAGGAAGAUUUUGGAAAACCACCCACGACCAAUGACAUUAUUGUUGAUGAAGCCGAUGGUUGGAAUUUCGACGAAGCACCCUCGAACGAGCCUACCCCAGCCCCAGUUACUCGCCGCCCAGACACAGAUGCUUUCCCUAGUGCAAACUUCAUCCCUCCCAAGUCUCCCACUCGUGGACGCGGAUCCAGGAGAAAGAGUUCUGGUGGGAGAAGGCGAAGUGAUGGCAACCCCGACGUCCGGGAACUCUCUGGAUCUGCUCCAAAGGCAGAUACUACCAGCUUCAAAGUACGGUUUGCCUUACGCGGACACUUGGAUGUAGUUCGAUCCGUCAUAUUUACAGGUGGUGGAAGCCCCUCGGAACCCGAGAUUUGCACCUGCGGUGAUGAUGGAACUAUCAAACGAUGGAUAAUACCUGCAACGUACGGAGUCUUCGGGUCUAAUGCUGCUGCUCCAGGUUCAGACCUUGAUGUCACCAGCUACUUCACCCACCGUGGACACAACGGCUCCGUCACUGCACUCGCUGCCUGCCCGCCUUCCCAAAACUUCUCUAGUGGUGGCCGUGCUACCGGAGAUGGUUGGGUGUUCUCUGGUGGACAAGAUGGGUGUGUUAAGGUAUGGGAGCGUGGCAGAGUCGACCCCAAGGCUACGUUAGAUGGCCACAAAGAUGCUGUCUGGACUGUUUGCGUUCUCCCAGGCACUUCAAAAUCAGUAUUUGGUGAUCAAUGCAACGCCAAUGGAGGUCCGGAUCGCGUACUCCUCGCUUCUGGCGCUGCUGAUGGCCGGAUAUUGAUAUGGGCUAUAAGUGCGCCGCCCCAACUCUCUUCGCCCCAGACCAGCUCCCGAAGGAGUGCAGGUGGAAGCAGGCGUGCAAACUCCAUUUCCUCGGGUUCUAAUUUCCCUACUUCUCCUCAACCCAGCACCGCCAGUUCGACGGCAUUCAACUACACACUGGUCCAUCAGAUUGUCAGAAAUGACAUCGCCCCUACCUGCAUCAGCCCGUUGUCAUUGGCGGGAGUCAACUUUGUUGUUUCCUACGCAGAUGCGUCUAUUCUAGUAUAUGAUACCCGAACCGGGGAGGAGAUUGUGGGUAUGGCAAGCCUCGAAACGUACGAUGGCACUCGAGCCACUGGUGUCAAUGCUGUUGUUGCCAGUACUAUCGGUUUCGACGGUACAGCUAACCUGGACCCCAAUCGAGCCCUCUCCGAAGAGGAGUCCGUUGUCCACGGUGCUACUGGCACGAGCGGUGGCGUAGAGGGCGUUGUCAUUAGUGGUUACGAAGAUCGCUACAUCAGAUUUUUUGACGCUAACAGCGGGCAAUGCACAUACACAAUGUUAGCACAUCCGGCAGCAAUCUCCUCUCUUUCACAGUCUCCAGAUGGACGAGAGCUUGUCUCUGCUGGACAUGACGCAAGUUUACGAUUUUGGUCCCUUGAGAAACGAAGUUGCACGCAAGAAAUCACGAGCCAUAGACUAAUGCGAGGCGAGGGCGUUUGUUCGGUCGUCUGGAGUCAAGACGGAAGAUGGGUUGCUAGCGGCGGCGGCGACGGCGUCGUCAAGGUGUUUUCGCGAUAA